AUGGGAAUGGAGGACGAGGCCGAUCUGGAGAAUUUUAUUCUCUCCUUCCAAUACUAUUUCCGCCACUUUUAUGGGCCCACAUAUCCACGCGACAUGAUAACUCAUCAUCUUCUGGACACGAUGAAGUCCUUGUUCCAUCAAGCCAAACGAUUGGUUGAUGCGAAGAAGCAACAUCCCUCCAAAAAGUACGAAUUUGUUGUUGUUUAUCUUUCUUUUUGAGUUGUCCCUUGUCAGAAGGUGUUGGGCUGCUGUCUUUCGGAGAUCUGUCAGUCAGAAAAUACAGGCACAAUCUAUAAUGGCAUUGUUUUUUAUGUCAUAAGUCAGCUUUCAUGUAUAUGUUUUAUAAUUUUUUUGUACAUACUUUUCGUAUUUUUAUAGAAAUGUCAGCGUUUGGGAGACUUGUCAAGAACUGGCCACCAAAACAGAGAGCAUUACAACUGUCAGACCCAACAUGACAAAAGUGUUGAAAAGUCCUUUAGUUCAGGUAAUUUGAAGUCUAUGGGGGUGUUUUACUUUCGAAUUGUUUUAGAAUCUUUUAUUGGCGUACGAUGAGAUCACGAAUUAUGCGGAGGAUUUACCUCCGGCGCAGGAGACCUCGACGGAAAACGAUCUUUUAAUUAAAAUAGUAAAUAUUGUAAAGGGCGAGUAUCCCCUGGGGGCAACCAUCAAAGUCUAUGCCAAUGGCGACAUCUGCAUUGCCCGAGUUAUGGCCGGAGGGGCGGCCGACAGAUGUGGGUCUAUCCAGGUUGGUAUUGCAUAUGUUUAUCGGUAUUAUUAUUUGUGGUUAAUCCCGUUUUUAUAGCCUGGAGAUCAGAUAUUAGAGAUUAAUAACAUUCCGGUCUCCUUCAAAUCUCCAGAAGAAGUGUUGGAGAUAUUAAACAGCACACCUGAUGGAGUCGUCACCUUUAAGUUGGUUCCCGGAAAAGACAAUUCCAAAGCCAAGGUCGGAAAAUCAAAACGUUAUGUUCGUGCAUUAUUCGAUUACAUGGGAUAUGUGGAUCAGUAUCAGCCAUGUAAAGAAGCCGCACUUAACUUCCAAAACGGUGAUAUUCUCGAGGUUUAUGUAACUGGUGAUCCAUUUUGGCAACAAGCACGAAUUAUUGGCCAUGGAUCUUUGAUCACUGCUCCCAUAUAUGAAGGUAGCUUCUUGUGAAUAAUAUUGGAUUUAUUGUUUGUAGAUGACACAACAACGACGUCAGAAGCAUCGACAAGCACCUUUGAUGCAUCAAAGAAACUGGAAGUGGGGUUAAUCCCCACAGAGAUGGUUCUCAUGAAGGGUCGGAAUUGUGAGUUGAUUUUCUUUUUUGCCUGGACCCCGUGGUCUUAAUUCCUUACAAGCCUUUCUUUCUCUUUCGAUGACAAAUUGCGCAACUCAGUCUUCGUUGCGUCACUUUUCGUUCGCUCUCUCUUUUGAAGGUUUUUCAUACAUUGGAGAACAGUAAUUUGGACUGACAUUUUAGAUACUUUCGAGCCAAUUUCUCAGCGUUUUUACGAAUUCGUUGAUGUCCUUGAGCCCGGUGAAAUUCGGCCGGUCAUCCUCAUUGGGGCACCGUGUGUUGGUCGGAACUCCAUUAAAAGUCGAUUAAUUGCUUCAAAUCCUCUCAAAUACGCCGCUCCAGUGCCUCACACUAGUCGACCGCCACGACCGAAUGAACGCCAUGGGGUCGAUUAUUACUUUGCCAGCAGAUCUCAAAUGGAAACGUGGAUUGCCGCCGGGCAUUUUGUGGAAUACGGCGAAUUACACAACAAUCUCUACGGGACGAUGGACCAAGCAGUAUUUCAAUUGAUGCGACAAGGGAAGGUCCCCGUCAUUUGUGCCCAUCCUUUGUCUCUCCGGAUUCUCCGGUCAGCCUUAUUCAAACCGGUUAUUGUUUUCGUGGAGCCGCCCCAUUUCUCGCUUCUGAAACAGAUGCGUAUGAAGGCUCGGGCCAAGUCCUCCUUCUCUGGGAACUAUCUCACCGAACAGGACUUUGCGCAUAUCAUUUCCUACUCGGCGCAGAUGAGUGCAGAGUACAGUAAAUUGACCGAUUUCCGAGUAGUGAACGGAGUUCUGGAAGAGGCCGUCGCUGAGAUUAUUCGAAUCCUCCGCGACUUCGAGACCCUACCUUCCUGGGUACCGGAGGAUUGGAUUCUUUCCAAAGGUUUCAAAAAUAGUUGUUGCUGA